AUGAGCAAGAGCGCCAGUACAGAACCAGGUGACAGCGGGCACUCCCAAGGCCAAGGCCACCUAGAAAAGAAGGCUUCGGACGAGGAUCGUCGGCAGCAGUGGACGAAUGCCAUCCUUAAGGAAGACUUCACACCCAAUGCAUCUUCAGUCGUGGGUGCUAAAAACUUCGACUCAUGGUUCAUCCUCACAAAAGACAGCAUGACUCGUCCUGAUGGAACCGUGAUAAGAGCAAAAAGAGGACACCAGCGAUCACAAAAGGCGCAUAUCCACCGGUCUUCCUUAAGCAACCCAAAAUUCAAGAAUGUUGGGGAAUCUGUACAAGAGCAGACUUUGCCAAAGGAAGAUAUCAGUGUUCUGAUGUACAACGCGGGCUACAUAGUUGAUAUUCCUGAAAAUUGUAAAUACCUCAAAGAUCUUGACAGAGGAGGCUUAAAAUGGCCUUCAGAAUUCACUCUAUCUCGCCCCGGCAACCUCGGCAGCCCACCCCCGGCAACUUCCACGGCAGCUCCACGGCAGCCCCCGGCAGCCUUCCUCGUCAGCUCCCCGGCAGCCCCCUGGGGGCCUCCUACGGCACCUCCCACACCAAUUUCCCACGGCAUUCCACGGCAGCCUCCCACGGCAGUCCCAGGUAGCCCCUCGACAGUCCCCCAGAAGACUCCUACGGCAACCCCGGCAACCUCCCACAGUCGCUUUCCACGGCAAGGCCCCCAGCAACCUCCUACUACAAGUCCCGGCAACCUCCUACGGCAAACCUCCGGCAACCUCCUACGGCAAGUCCCCCCGGCAACCUCCUACAGCUGCCUCCGAGGAACGCUUCACUGA